AACUGCCAAACAUUUGGGUCUUUAUUUAAAUGUUAGGUUACAAAAAUAUCUUGUUUUGUUAAAGGAUGUAGGCCUAUAUCCCACUGUCUCUCACACACACACCCAUCCACACACACAGGGCUAAAGUGGUACCCUUCAGACACAUUAGACAGAAGGAGGGUGGGGCGCCAGUAAAGAUUUCUUAAUGGGCUCUGCCUUCCUCUCGUCCAUCUGCACUGAUGAUAAACACAGCUACUCCACAUUGGCCUGAUGCGCAUCAAUGCCUUCCUCAUUUUAUUUUUCUUUGCCUACCAACAAAACAUUAAUUUUUACACUUUUCUACAGGAGCUGGAGAUCCACAGAGUGAGGACUUUGAAGUUUAUGAUCAACACUGUUUAACAGUAAGGAAGAUGGAACUUAUGGGAACAAAUAAAUAGAUUAAUUGAACUGUUUCUUUUCAUAACUGGACUUCUGGGACAGUGGAGUGAGUUAUUUGGAUGUCUGGUCAGUGUCAGAGUGCAUGGGGAGCGCACUGUUGGACUACUUGUAGGUGAAUUACACUAUCCAGCCAGUCGCAGCCUACACAGUAACCUCAGAAACAGUUACGGACCUGGAGAAGGAUGCCUUCCCUGCACCAUGGAGCAAUCUUCAUCGGAGCCUUCCUCAUUGUGACUGGGGGCACCACAGCCUUCCUGGUCGACUCCCAGAGCCGCUUGCAACCUUUCUCUCUCUGCUGUGUGGUGCUGGGGGUGGUCAUGCUCAUCCUGGGGCUGUUCUGGGCAAUGAACAGCAAAAGUGCAGGAAACUACAACCACCAGGAGUUCGACCCAGAGUGCCCACAUUAUCCAUAUAAUGACUACCCCAAUUUUGGCAACCAUACCCUCUUCUCACCGACAGGGAGUCGCUUCCCAGAAUCCCAGUCAGUGUUUCUGCCCAGGACGAUGGAACACAACAGGCAAGGUGCUCGUGGUGAGGAAUUUGACUACCCUCCCAUGGAUUCUGGUGGUUUUAGUCCAUCGCCUCAUCCUCCUCCUUGGCUGGAACCUCCACCUCCCUAUGAGGUUGCCAUCAAAACCACGUGCAGCUCUACACACCUGCGGCGUGCGUACUCGGACACACACCUGGCAACAGAGCCCCUGUUUGGACAGUCAAGAGAGAUCAGCUUUGAGCUGUGAUGCUGCACGAAGGGGAUGACACACCUCCCUGUAAAUCAGACUGAAAGAUAAAUAAGCAUGAGAUGGGGGGCUUCUGCCCAGACUCAGCAAUAGCUGUCUUUUGACAAGAACACACUUCAUCACACGCUUGAUGCAUGCUUCUUUCUGAUGUUGACCUCUGCUAGUCCUAGCAUGUUUUCCCAAAAAUUUCUGUGAUUACAAUGCAGGUAUAAACACAUAUCUAAAUAUAUGGUGAAAUUACAGCUAGAUGAUGCCCCAAUUCAGCCUUAUCAGACCAAAAUAAAGCACCAAGACACUUUGUGUCUUGUAAAGAUUGGGGCUGGUAUGAGCCAACAUUAUCUGUAUCUUGAGUGUUGUCUUGAAGUGAUUCCAUAAUAUUCUUCCCAUCACCCACAAGUACUUUUUUGGAUUGAGAUCCGGCUGUUAUUCUAGAUGGGAGGUUAAAGGAAUAGUUCAGUAUUUUGGGAAAUUCACUUACUUGCUUUCCUAAUGAGAGCUAGAUGAGGAGAUUCAUACCACUCAUGUCUGUUUGAGAAAUACGGAGCUAC